GCGGCGGAACAUGAACACCGGAAAUAAGUAGGAGUGAACCCUCUCGCUGGGGACACAGGGUAAUAGGUCGGUGGUCUUGUCUUAUAGUCUCCAAUUCUUGCUACAUAGUCAAAGCCCAACCGGAAGACGGCGUGAUUUCCCUUAUAUACAGAGUCCUAACUAUUAUGGCUGAUAGCACCAACCCGACGGUGUACGACAUUUUCCAAAGCAUGGAGCAGGGACCAGCUGCAGCUACUAGCACUGCCACUGCUCAGGCCUGGCUGGACCAUCACUCUCGUUCUCUGGGUUUCUUCAUGGAUGGGAAGUUCAUCCUACCAGCAGACAGACGGAGCCUCUCCCUGACUGAUUCCAAAGGCGGUGUUGUGUGCAGCACGGCGUGCGCCGAGGACACUGACGUUUCCCAGUGUGCUUCUUCUGCCGCCGCCGGCUGGAAGUCCUGGAGCAGCAUGAGCUGCUCCCAGAGAGCAAAGGCCCUGCUGAGGUUGGUGGGCGUCCUCGGGCUGCACGGUCAGUGUGUGACGGAGCUGUGUACGCUGUGUGAGGCGUCCUUCUCGCCCGCCGCCCUGGUCAGGCUGCUGCAGUACUACAGCGGGUGGGCUCAGCUUAGAGACACUCUCAUACCCGGCUGGACGCCUGUCGGCGUGGUUGUUGUCGUCUCUUCUGAUGAUUGCUCUCUCUAUUCUCUCAUGCUUAAAGUCCUGCCUGCGUUGGCCAUGGGUAACUCGGUGAUUGUCGUUCCUGGUCGGCCCGCCGCCCCUCCAGCGCUCCUCUUGGCGCAGCUCUUUACAGCAGCAGGGCUUCCUGCUGGCACUCUUAGCAUCCUAACAGGAAGUGAUGUCACGUUGGGCGCCAAAGUGUCCCAGAAUCCUGACGUGAGAUUGAUCGCUUACUGUGGCAACAAGCAGGAUGGGCUGGCUCUUUGUAAGGCCUCAGCGGGGAUGGGUGUCCCCGUGUCCGUCUCCACAUGCGUUGGCGCUACCUGCCCCUUUAUCAUCUUCGAGUCAGCUGACAUCGACAGCGCCGUGGAUGAAGUCAUAGAGAUUGCUUUCAAGAAGAAGAAAGAGGUCCACUGGGUGCUGUGUGUUCAGGAGAGUGUGUCGGACAGCGUUGUGGCCCGGCUAAAGCUGCGCAUGGCGAACAUGAAGAGUGUACCUCUGAGCAGCGACGCUGAUAGGGUCCUGGUGGAUGCUGCAGUACAGGAGGCUCUUCAGCAGGGGGCGACGCUGGUCCAGCCCUGCGGUGCCAGUUCUGGGGCCCGGUACCCGCCCACAGUGCUCUGUGGGGCGGCCCCCUCCUCUCCGUAUGUGGUCUCCCCGCCUCCUGGACCGCUGCUGCCUCUGCUGACAUUCAGGAGCAACACAGAAGCUGUGCUGCUGGGGAACCACAGCCCUCAUGGCCACGCAGCAUCCAUCUGGACUGAAGACCUCACCCUGGCUCUGGAGACCGCUAAGAGUCUGUCUGUGGGCUCGGUGUGGGUGAACUCGAGCUCCGUCUCAGAUCCCUGUUUUCCCGUUUCUGGUCACAAAGACAGCGGAACCGGAACCGACGGAGGACAGGAGGGUCUGUACCAGUUCCUGCGUCCUUCCUUUUCAUCCCCUCUUCCUCGCCCGUCUCCUGUUUCUUUGGAAUACUCAAAGUUUGGAACAGAAGCUGCCCAGGUUGUUAUUCCUGAUAGCCCAGACGGUGCCAGCAUCCCUCAGUCGUACUCUCAGUUUGUCGGCGGUAAAGCAUGUAAAUCGGUGUCAGGCUGCAGUGUGGCUGUUCAGGCACCAGGGGGCGACAGCGUGCUGGCUUUUUGUCCCGAUGGAGGACGCAAAGACGUCCGGAAUGCCGUGGAGGCUGCGCUCAAAGUUCAACCUGGCUGGAUGAAGAAGAGUCCGUCUGCACGCGCUCAGUCGCUCUACUCUCUGGCUAAAGGUUUGGAAUCCAGGAGGAAGGAGGUUUGUGCGUCGGUCAGCGCCCAGCUGGGGGUUCCAGCCGAGGAGGCUGACAGAGAGGUGGAGCUCAGCGUCGGCCGGCUCAACGUCUGGGCGGCGUACUGUGACAAAGUACAAGGUGGCUCCCCGCCCAUGACCCAGUCCGGCGCUGCGCUCUCCUUCCCUGAACCGCUGGGUGUCGUUGGGAUCGUCUUACCUGACGACGCGCCCCUCCUCUCCCUGGUGACCGUUCUCGGCGCAGCCAUUGCAACAGGGAACGCGGUCGUCAUGGUGCCCAGUCAGAGGUUUCCACUCCCCUCAUUGGCUUUUGUUCAGGUUCUCCAGUCCUCUGACCUGCCUGCAGGUCUGGUGAACAUAAUCACUGGAAAUCGAGACCAGCUCACGGUGGCGCUGGCUAAUCACAGUGUCAUCAAGGCCAUCUGGUACUGGGGCAGCGCCCAGGGCUGUCAGUACCUGCAGCACACCUGCACCAGCCCGCUGAAAACCCUCAAGCUGUCCUGGCAACAGGUCGGGGAGGGGCGCGGCGCGGCCCCGGACUGGGCUCAGCCUCACCCGUCCCUGCUGGAAGACCUGUGGAGAAACGCGGUCCAGUGGAAAAGCGUGUGGAUUCCCACCGCGUGAGACGCUGACCCGGCAGAAGGAUGUUUGGUUAUUAGUUCUGGCAGGAGACAAAAUCAGGUUAAUUAUUCACAACAAUAUGCAAGAUGAUUUACUCACUUUUUACAUUCUGUCUGAAUACAGUAUAUCAAAAUAUAUGAGGACCAUGGUUUUUUAUUAUUAUUAUUAUUCACACUUUUUUUUUUUCCACUGUGAUCAAAAUGACCAGAGGCGGUAAUUCUUCAUACUGUCAAAGUAAAAAGUGCAAUUCAAACCGAACAGUAUGUUUGUAUUUUAUGUUGAAAUCAUUUCAUUUUCUCUGGAUGUAUCAGAGUUGCACACAUAUUGGGUAAUGCUAUUAAAAAUCUCUUGAGAGUGUCAGUGAACUGUCUCCGGUAAAGUCUGAGACAUUGUGCUCGAUUUGGUCAAACCGCAGCAGGGUUAGUGGGCGGGGCUCCUGUCACCAUGGUGUCAGCUCAUUUACUGUCAUUGUGUGAGUUGAAACAUCUGGACUUAAACACAAUGUGGUUAUUGUGACCAGCCUUUGUUGAUAUGUCACUGUUUUAAUGAGUACUGUACCUUCCAGAAGUCUUCUGACCCUCUGAAUAUUGUAAUUAACUUUUUAACCAAUGUUUGCACCGAUACAUCUUUAAUUUUGGAUGAUCGGCGGUCGGCCAACUUCUUACAUGUGAAACCAACUUCUUACCUCUGCAAAGAUUAUUGUCUCUGUAUGUGGAGACAUUUCAAGUAGGAAUGCCUGACAUAUCGGCAAUAACGGUAUCAGCCGAUACUAGUAACAUGUCAGUAUUGGUCCAAUUAAUAAAAGUGGGCAGAGAUAAACAACCAAUUUUUACUUUUAUCUUGUUCUGGUCUCUUCAGUAGAGAAAUGUUAUUAGAGAAAUAUUUGUCAUGUAAAAAAAUAUUGGCCCUCCCUAAUUUCAAACAAAAACAAAUUGAUAUUGACUGGUGAAGCUUUCAAAAACUGGAGAUUGGCCAGGAAACUGCAGAUGGUGAACCACUAGGCAACCUCUGAAGGGAUUUUAUUACACUUGAUUUUAUUUAGGAUUUUGUCAGAGUGAAGGACUUGAAUCUUUGCCAGAGAUUUAACUUUUGAUGAUAUUGCAUCCUUCUCUUUUCGCUUCAAAAUGACGCACUGCUAUCAUGUAGUAGCAGUAAACUCCCAAUGAAAUAAAGUGAAGUUUGUGGUUUAUAACGUGACCAAAAGUACGAACGAUUCAGGAAGUAUCAGUACCUUGACCAGGUCCUAGAUGUGCAGUUUAGAUCAGUCUCUAACUGCCUUACUGUUGCUCACCAGAAGUCUUUUCAGGUCCACCAGACUGCUGCGUCAUCUUGGGGUUCAGAAUGACUCGUACCAUUAACUGCUUAAAGUGACUGAGCUCAGUUUUCCCAGAAUGCUCUGUGAUCUUCAUGGAACUGUGCCUGCAUCUGUGGGCAAGUAUAAACAGGACUGUUUACACUUGGCCACUGUUUAUAUAUAUUUUUUUAUGACUUGGCAAAAAAAAAAAAAGCUAACUCAGUUAAAAAUGACUGUUCGUCUUUAUUGCUGUACCAUAAAACUGUAAUAGAGGCCACUGGUUCGCUAUGCAGUGUAAGCAUUAUCUUCAGGAUGUGAAGAUCUAUGUUGAAAUUGUGAAAUGAAAUAUAUUUUAAAGUUUUUAUUACCACAGACUCACCAGGUACGUUUCUGUCCUAAGCCAUAAAUUAAAGAAUUACACAAAGUA